AAAUAGAAAACAGUUAGGGGAGUGGGGUGUCUUUACAUGGGUCAUUUGAUACUUAAGUUAACUGAAAAAUAAAAAAGUAUUCAAGUAACUUGGGUGGGAGUUUUUACUUACCUCGACUCCUUAUUUAUAGAAAUUAAGACUGAUAAGUGGAGGAACAUUCACAUUUUUUAAGAUUAUUUGUUCUUAAUCUUUAAGUAAAGAUUUUGAAAGUGAGUUGACAUAUUUUUAACGGAUCAUAAUUUAAAGAGUUCUUUAAAGAUUGUAUCUCUCAAGUCCUAGAGCGGCUCCCGAUAACGUCUGUCUGGGGUAGCUGAGAGAUCUCCCAAUAGGGUCUCUCAAGAAUUACUCUAUUGGGAAGAUGUCUAUAGCCUCCUUCUUUGGGCUUUUUUCCUUUUAGGCCUGUCUUGGAGUUGAGCUCACUUUUUUAGCACAAUAAUUGAAUUUAUGGUUUAGAGUUUAGUUUGAUAUUUUAUUUUUUUAUUUUGUUUUCAGUUUAAUUCGAUUUUGUGAUUAAUUUUAUAAACAAUAUUGCUUUCGAGUUCAUAGACCUCACUUUGAUUAUUUAUAUGUAAAAUACUAAAAGUUAGAAGUAGAAAUAAAAGUUCACUAAAAAUAAAAGUUUAGGUAGAAUUCUGUUGUCCUCUACCAAUUAUUAUUUUACAUAUAGUUUUAUACGUAAUAUUAUACCUAAAAUGCUAAACUAUAUUGUACUUAGCUCUCCAUUAUUGGUCGCUUGUGUACCUUAAGCUUCUUAUAAUAAUAUUAAUAAAUCUUAAAAUUAUUGUAAGCUGGAUUUGAAACUCAAUUAACUUUUAUUAAGUUAGAUUAAUUUAAGUUGAGUAUUUUUUCUUUUGAUAUAAUCUUUGAUGGUCCAACUUCGUACUCAAAAGAAAGAGAGAGCUACUGUCAUAUGUAUUUUUUGCUUGCAUGAAGCGGACUGGACUCGACCUUGUAGGUUGGCCCAAUCACCCGAGGCUCAAGCUUGAGGUUGUUAGUUACCUAAUUUCGAGCUCGAAUCGCGAACCAUGCGAGCUCUCAACGACACUCUCAGUUCGUAGACAUCAGGAUCACUCAGUUCGAGUUCCCAGCGACGCUAUCAGCUCGCAGACCGACUAAUCAGCUCGCAUGAGUGAAGAGAUUAUAGAAUAAUGAUGGGCUAGGCAUCAUUCUAGCUGGGCCGUCUGGGCCCUAAUCUGGCCUCUCUCUCGGCCCAUGACGGUCCUAUCCUAACCCCAUACCAUCCUGCAUCAAUAUUAUUGCAGCCUUUUCAGAUCCCAUCUACAUUAAUGAGGGGCCAGUCAACGCCAUGCUGUCACUUAGGAAACCUCACCGACGCCGGUAUACAGUCCCAUCACCUGCAAAAGCACAAGACAUGUGGAGAGGACAUAUCCUCUUAUUAUAUUUAGCUGGCUCUCUUCAGAGCCAAGGUACGCUUUUACUCUCUGACUUACUAAUACAUAGCGUACUCCCUUACUUAGGCGUCAGAGUGCUUGUAGGUGCUGACCGUCGAAGCGCUGAUCGAACCAUUCAAAUCUCCCUGGUGCGUCUUCUCUUUCCCCUUUUCGCAUUCAUUUCUUAGAACGAGCAAAACGAAUCACGGUCGACCAAAUCUGGAAGUCGACAUUUUGGCGCUAAAAGGAGGUCUGUUCUGAUCGAUAACGAUGCCAAGAGGAAGAAACACCAGAAGUUCUAAAGUGGUGACCAAUCAGCCUGGAAACCAUGUUAAUCAAUUGCCGGAAGUUCCACCAGUCGGGGGCGCAGUCGCAAUCGCUGCAACUAUUUCUGUACCCCCACAUUUUGGAGCCGCCUUUGCCAUCCCCACGUGGGUUUCCUACCAGUCUGUGGCCCCUACCCCUGGAACGGAGGCGAUAUAAGUUUAGUAGGAGCGUCAAAAAGUGCUAGAGGGUAUAGUCAUGCAGCUUAUUGAUACAGUUAGGACGUUGGCCCAAGCGCAAGUUCGCAUAGCCCAAAUGCAGGCGGAGGCCACGCCACCCCGGCAACAUGGGAAUUCACCUUGUGGAGAAAGCUCGAUCAGGGUUAGCCCAGGCCGUGCUAUAUAUCGCAACUCGUGAGACCUCGAGAAUAAGAGGCGGCGUAUGUCGUGAGAUUGCUAUUCGCCAGAGCAAGCCAGGGGACGGGAGAAGCGAUCUCGCACUGGGCAGUCUAUGGAUUAGGAUCCCACCGUGGAAGGACUACUGUAGAGGGUCCAAUAGCUGGAGGCAAGAUACAGGAUUCAUGAUUAGUGGGAAGGUUGCGAAGAGAGGACCCCACUCUCUAGGGAAAUCGAAUUGGAGCCUCUCCCUCGCAGAUUCAAGACCCCUAAUAUCCCUCAAUACAACGGAGAUGGCGAUCCAUAUGGCCAUUUAGAUGCCUUCAACGUCUUGAUGGACCUCCAUACUUCAAGUUCAUUGGUGAAAUGUCGUGUCUUCCCCGCGACCUUGGGAGAUAUAUCUUGGACCUGAUUAAGGAGUCUCCGUCCUCGCAGCAUCUGUAGCUAGGAGGAGUGUCAGAGAAAGUUUAUAGGUCAAUACAGGUCCCUUAGGAGGCAACUUGUCCCGACUUGUCACCUCGCUACCGUGUUCUAGCAGCCCAAUGAAUCCUUGAAGGAUUACAUUGAGAGGUUCAGGCAUGAAGUCAAUACUGUUGAUAACCCAUCGGAUGAAAAUACUUUGACUACGAUAUCUGUGGGGCUCCGGAAGGAUGAGAAGCUCUAUGAGAGCAUUUACAAAUCCCCUGUAAGGGACCUGGGCGAGUUCUACGAAUGAGCUGCGAAGGAGGUCAGAUGGGAGGAGACCUUUUGCUCUAGGAAGCUGGAUGGCCUAAAAGACUGAGAUUGGAAGCACCAGCCAUAACAAGAAGAGUGACAACGGCGACGAUGAUCAGGUCGCUAAGAACUCAAGGAGCGAUCUAGGUUACGAAUGACCUGCGCACCAAGGUUGCUAUGACAACUACAGUAUCCUGUCAAACACUCAGGAUAUGAUUUUCGCUACAAAGAAGGGCGAGGAGGAUUUUGGGAGGCCUAAUCCCAUAAGGACCCCCAAUAGAUUUAGGAAUAAGAACAAGUCCUGUGCUUACCACGACGAAGUGGGUCACAACACCUCCGAGUGUCGAGCAUUGAAGGACGCAAUCGAGGACUUGAUCGAAAGAGGCCGCUUGCAUGAUUAUGUGGUGCAACCAAAAUACUAGAAGUCUCAGCAACCGGCUCAACCGGAGCCUCGUCGAGCUCCCGAGCAGGAUUGAGCACCUACGAUCGCAUGAGGAUGGUUACCAUCAACAGCGGGUUACAAAAAUUACAACAUAAAGAUUCGAGUUUGGUGUUACAAUGUCGGUGAUACCGGACUGCGCUUUGUUCUUCAUAGAGCUCAAAAGGCCAGCGACCGGACACUAGGCCAGAAUUGCGAAGGCCCCCAUAUUAUCAAACAAAGCCUGGGAAACAGAGCGUAUCGAUGGGGCUAUUAUCCCAUGUACUUGGAAUGCGGAGCAUUUUCGUCCUUACUUCCAAUUAGUGUAACUGAUUCUUACUUAUGCUCCAGCUUUCUUUUAUAAAUAAUUCUUAUUGAAAUUUAUUGAUUUUCAUUCUGUAAGCUUAUUGCUCUUUACUCAUGUUUGAUGUUCGAUGGAAUGUCCUUAAAAUUGGGGUUAGAGAUACCAUGAUUUGCGAGUUAGGGCCUAUUCCUUUUAGCCUCCGUGCUAUGGUUUGCGGCUUAUCUGAACAUUCAUCUUGGUCCUCCCCCAAGUCGUGGUUUACAAGCUGAUGACCAUUCAUCUUGACUUAACGUCAUGGUUUGGUAUUUACUGGGAAACCACUCCCAUUAAUCAUUCUGAACUAAGGGUUGACUAGGUAGGGUCCUUUCAUUUUGACUCAAGUCAUGGUCUGCGACCUACUUGGAUGUUCCCUCUCUGCUCGUUAAAUUUGCAAAAAGUCAUGGGAUGUUAGCUGAGAUCGCAACACGAUCUACUUGGACAUAUAGUUUGGCGACGCAAAUUAAACUCUUGACAGAGCCAUGGUAUGUUAGCUGGACCGCAUUGCGAUCUACCUGGACAUAUAUCUUGAUGGGUUUUUUGAUAUGAUCCAGAUAUUAUCUCCCUAUGACGUAUCAACCAAGACUCAGAUCAAUCUAGUUAUCAUCACAUAAAUCAAUUAUUAUUAUCUUAUCGUUAUAGUUGAAAGGUAUUGUUAGCUGAGAUCGCAUCACGAUUUGCCUGGACAUAUAGCUUGGCAAUGUAGAUUAAUUUUAACAGAAUACAACUCUAUCAAGUUUUCUCCGAAGCCGUGGUAUGUUAGCUAAGUUCGCAAUGCGAUCUAUCUGGACAUAUAUAUUGGCAAGGUCUUCAGUAUGACCAAUAUGUUAUUUCAUCAUGGUAUGCUCUCGCUCACCACAAAAUUAUAGUUCACGAUCUGCUGGAUGUUAGCACGAGAUGGCAUAAUCUGAAAUGAUCGGGCAGAAGUUGGAAAGGUAGAUCGACAGAUCGCAUUGCCCGCUUUAGUCAGUAUACGUCAGCUCUCAGUUCGUAGAUCGUACUAAGAGCUGGGGGCUAAUGUUAUAUGUAUUUUCUCCUCGCAUGAAGCGGGCCCAAGCUCAAGGUUGUUAGUUCCAAGUCGCAUGACACCUAACUUCGAACUUGAAUCGUGAACCAUGCGAGCUCUCAACGACACUCUCAGUUCGCAGACAUCAGGAUCAUUUAGUUCGAGCUCCUAGUGACGCUAUCAGCUCGCAGAACGACUAAUCAGCUCACAUGAGCGAGGAGAUUGCAGAAUAAUGAUGGGCUAGGCAUUAUUCUAGUUGGGCUGUCUGGGCCCCAAUCUGGCCUUUCUCUCGGCCCAUGACGGUCUCAUCCUGACCCCAUACCAUCCUGCAUCAAUAUUAUUGUAGCCUUUACUGGGUAUUCGUGCGCCUGUCUCAGAUCCCAUCCACAUUAAUGAGGGACCAGUCAACGCCAUGCUGCCACCUGGGAAACCUCACCGGUAUCGGUAUACAGUCUCAUCACCUGCAAAAGCAUAAGACAUGUGGAGAGGACAUCUCCUCCUCCUAUAUUUAGCCAGUUUUCUUCAGAGCCAAGGUACGCUCUCACUCUCUGACUUGCUAAUACACAGCGUAUACCGGAGUGCUUGGGCAUCGGAGUGCUUGCAGGUGCCCGCAGUCGGAACGCUGACUGAACCAUUCAAAUCUCCCUGGUGCGUCUUCUCUUUCCCCUUUUCGCAUUCAUUUCUCAGAACGGGCAAAACGAAUCACGGUCGACCAAAUCCGGACCGAAUCGUGCCUUUUAAAUUGGUUCUAUAGUUCAAAGGUUAGGUUCUGGUUUUAAAAAAUUAAUAAUCAAUAUAUUUGAUUUGGUUAUUAGUUUUUUUUUUUCAAAUCGUGGUUCGAAUCGAACCAGAACCGAUAUUAUACUUAUAUAUAUUAUAAUUUUAAUCUACUAAUUUUUGUUUAUUUCUUUUUUGUUGUUAGUUAUUGUUAUUCAUGAAUUUUUUUAUUUCUAGAUUUUUAUGUGUUAUUGUUAUACUAAAUGGUUGAUAUAAUCUCAUUUGAUGAGAUAGUUUAUGAAUUAUUUUAUUCUAUUUUUAUUUCAAAACUUGAAGCAUUAAUGAAGUUAUGGGUUUAUUUUAAUUAACAAAUUUGUUUAUAAUUUCAUAUUUUAUGAAAAUAUUUAGAAGUUAAAUGUUAAUUGGAUAGAAUUAAAAUCGAAUCAAAAUUGGUUUGAUAUGAUGGAUUGGUCAUAGUUUAGUUUUAUUUAUUUAAUAAUUCGACUACCGUUCUUAAUUUUUUUUUUUAGAGUCGUUAAAAAUGACAAUAUAAAAUAAGAUAUCUCGGACGAUAACGGUUUCUCGAAGAGUGACUGCAUAACGUUAUCACCAACCAAAUAGGUGACAUGCUUCAAUUGACUUUUUCUUAAAAGAGAUAUUAAGGUGUUUAAUUAAUAUAAAUAUAUAAUAAAUUAAUAUCAAAAUAUUAUAUAAAAUGUUUUUCUUAAAUAUAUCUAAAUAACAUUUCAAUAAUUUUUAUUCAUUCAAUGGAGUUUCAUUGAAUGAACGAAGUGACCCAUCACAACACGUGACUGUUCUUUAUUACUGUCACUGGGCAGCCUAUGAUAGGAGGGCCAGGCACAGCUUCAGAGUAACUUCCUUUGGAUUUUCUUUUUCUUUUUUUUUUUGUAAUUAAUUUCAAAAAAUGAAAUUUUUAAUAAUAAAUCAAUAACAAUGACCCUCUUUCUUUUUUUGUUUUUUUGUCAUUAACUAAAAAUUAUACCAUUAAAAACAUAAUUAAAAUUCUCAAAAUUCGAAUGUGAUAUCGUGGAGUCACUCUUGCUAUAACAGCGAGUAAAGAGUGUUUAAUCGGUUCAACUCUAAAUUAUAUUAAAAUUAAAAUUGAUAAGAAAAUUAAAUUAAAAAUUGAAUAAUAAAAAGAUAAUAUUGAAUUUAAUAAAAAUAUUUGUUUAAUUUAAAUAAUUCAAUCAAUUCAAUAAUUAAAUUGACUCAUGUUAUUUAGUUAGAUUGAAUUUUCGGUUUAGAUAAUAUUUUUUUUUAUUAAGUAAUGAAAAGAUGUAAAUGUUAAUAUUUAUUUUAAUUAUUUAAUAAAAAAAUAUAAUCUAAACUAAAAAUUCAGUUCCAAAACUAAAUGAGUAAUAUUACUUUUUAAGUGUGAAAUCGACAAUAUAUUAAGUUAGUGGUUAAUUGUUAGAAUGGAGGAGAAUGAAAGUGGAGUUAAGAAGAUGGAUAUAGGAUAGACGCAUAGAGUAGAUCGCCAGAUUUAACUGGAAUCACAUUGAUUCUCACGAAGGGAGGCUGCCUUCUCCGCCCCCCCCCCACACACACACAUGAGAUGAGCCCCUCUCUCUAUAUACAUCCCUUCUCCUCUUUCAUUCUGCCGUGCCACCCCUCCCUCCCUCUCUCUGCACCUUCCUCCGCAGCCGCUGCCGGCACCGCCUCUCUCUCUCUCUCUCUCUGUCUAGAUGGCGCCGUGCCCGGAAUCGCAGCACCUGCCACUGGUCGGAGGGGAUGCCACAUCGGACAACGACAAUAUUAACGCCCCCGAAGGAAAAUCUAGAGUCACGGUUAUCGGAAGUGGGAAUUGGGGCAGCGUCGCCGCCAAGCUCAUUGCCUCCAACACUCUGAGGCUCGCCUCCUUCCACGAUGAAGUAAGGAUGUGGGUGUUCGAGGAGGUAUUGCCGAGUGGUGAGAAACUCUCAGAGGUCAUCAACCGGGCCAACGAGAACGUUAAGUACCUUCCUGGUAUAAAGCUUGGCAAGAAUGUUGUUGCAGACCCUGACCUUGAACAUGCAGUUAAGGAUGCAAACAUGUUAGUUUUUGUGACCCCACAUCAAUUCAUGGAAGGUAUAUGUAAAAGGCUAGUUGGAAAGAUAAGGGCAGAAGCAGAAGCUAUUUCCCUUAUUAAAGGAAUGGAGGUCAAGAUGGAAGGUCCUUGCAUGAUCUCCUCCCUCAUAAGGGAACAGCUUGGCAUAAAUUGCUGUGUUCUAAUGGGGGCAAAUAUCGCUAAUGAGAUUGCGGUGGAGAAGUUCAGUGAAGCAACGGUUGGAUACAGAGAGAGCAGAGAGAUGGCAGAAAAAUGGGUUCAACUAUUCAACACUCCUUAUUUCAUGGUCUCAGCUGUCCAAGACGUGGAAGGAGUUGAACUAUGUGGGACCCUAAAAAAUGUUGUGGCAAUAGCUGCAGGUUUUGUGGACGGCUUGGAAAUGGGAAAUAAUACAAAGGCUGCAAUAAUGAGAAUUGGGUUGAGAGAAAUGAAGGCCUUUUCCAAGUUGCUGUUCUCAUCAGUCAAGGAUAGCACCUUCUUUGAAAGUUGUGGGGUAGCUGAUCUUAUAACAACUUGCUUAGGGGGUAGAAAUAGGAAAUGUGCAGAGGCUUUUGCUAGGAAUGGAGGGAAAAGGUCUUUCGAUGAGCUUGAAGCAGAAAUGCUGCAGGGCCAGAAAUUACAGGGUGUUUCCACAGCAAGAGAGGUUUACGAAGUUUUAAGCUACAGGAGCUGGUUAGAGUUGUUCCCGUUAUUUGCAACAGUGCAUGAGAUAUGCAUCGGUCGUCUUCCACCAGCAGCAAUAGUUGAGUACAGCCAGAGUUGAAGCCAGUCAACCUGCACAAAGUUCUCCCUGUUGGAAGGCUUGGCUCAUUGCCCACCUUUCUUAUCACAGAUACAGUUAAUAUAUAUAUAUAUAUAGCACAUUCCAGUCCAAAUUAUGUUGCUGUUGCUGUUGCUGUUCCAGUUGUUGUAGUAGUAGGAGGAGGAGUUUGCCUUCACCAUUGGUGACAGCACCAUGGAUGGUUAUAGGUUUCAAAAUGCGGCAUAUGGACAAGUUUCAGUGCAUCUCUUUUGUUUAAUGCCAGACCUGUAAUAUCUUCAAUUUCCAGUCUAAUACAUGAUGAUGUGUCUCUUU